AUGUCUUCUAUCAAAUCUCUCGCCCUCCUGGCUCUGGCCACUGGAUUUGCCAGCGUAGUCAACGCAGCAGAGACCGGCAAAACCACUCGCUACUGGGAUUGCUGCAAGGGUUCCUGCUCCUGGCCUGGCAAAGCAGCUGUCUCUGCUCCCGUCACCACCUGUGAUAAGAGCGACAACCCUUUGACUGAUGCUAACACCGCCUCUGCCUGUGACGGUGGCUCCGCCUACAUGUGCUCUGACCAAUCCCCCUGGGCAGUCUCUGACACCUUGGCCUACGGUUUCGCUGCCACCAACAUUGCUGGUGGCUCAGAGGAAAGCUGGUGCUGCUCUUGCUACAAACUCACCUUCACCACCACCUCCAUCGCCGGCAAAACCAUGAUCGUGCAAUCCACAAACACCGGUGGCGACCUCGGCAGCAACCAAUUCGAUAUCGCGAUCCCGGGCGGAGGAACUGGUAUCUUCAAUGCAUGCACCGAUGAGUACAAUGCUCCCUCGUCAGGUUGGGGAGCUCAGUACGGAGGGAUCAGCACAAACACUUGCAGUUCUUUCCCCAAAGCUUUGCAGGCAGGCUGUGGUUUCCGCUUUGACUGGUUCGAGGGUGCCGAUAACCCUGAAGUCGAGUUUGAGCGUGUCGAGUGUCCCGCUGAGAUUGUGGCAAAGAGUGGAUGUAAGAGAGAUGAUGAUGGCCAGCAGCUCAAGUUCGCCGCCGCCGCUGCUUCCUCAUCGCCUGUUGCUGCUUCUUCGGCCUCUUCUUCGUCGCCCGUUGCUGCCUCGUCUACUGAGGCUGCUCCCGUCGUUUCUUCCGCUGCUGAGGUCACAUCUGCUGCUUCCUCGACCUCCGAGGCUACCACGUCAUCUGAAGCCUCUGUCUCAUCCGCUGCUGCUUACAAGGCCCCGGUCGCCGAUUCGUCUGCUGUCGAGUCGUCUGCCGCUCCCUAUACUGCUCCCGCUGUCGAGUCAUCUGCGAUUGAGUCAUCUGCCGCAGCGUACACCCCCACCACCCCCAUCGUAUCUUCAUACUCCGCCGUCGAAGUCUCCAGCACUUCUCUCUCAUCGGCAACUGCACCUUCAUCUACCGGCAGCUCGGAGGAUGGACCAUGCAAUGUCCAGUACGUUUACGAGUACGAUCUUUAA